AUGAUUUUACUAUGUUCCAGGGACAAAAUUCGAGCAACCACUGAAAGGUCUGGGGGAGAAUUGUAUGUCCAUGUUCGGUUCUGUCAAUGGAUUGAUUUCCCUUCAAAGAUUCGGGUACCAGAUUCUGGAUACAGUUUACAUAUGGAAUCCGGCUACGCAGGAGUCCAUCACUGUUCAGAGUGCUGGAGUUCAAAAGCUGGAGAAUACAAAGUUGUUAGGAUUUACCAAGAAGUAUUGGAGGAGAAUUUGAUGCAUGUAAUCAGAUCUGACUGCCAUGUUUAUACACUUGGAUCAGAAAGACGUUGGAGGUACACGGGGCAUGCUCCAUUCCUGUAUACUUGUCGAGAGCACGGUGUUUUUCUGAAUGGUAAUCUUCAUUGGUGGAUUCGUGAUCCUGAUGGAAAGGAAUUCAUUUCUUGUUUUGAUCUAGACAAGGAGUCAUUUCAGCACUUUCCAGCUCCUCCUGAAUUGGAUGAACUAAAUCUUGCUAGCUUGGAACUUUACCAAGAUCGUCUAAGUGUGUGUGACAACACUUCAGACUUCGAUAUAGUCAUUUGGGUGAUGAAAGAAUAUGGGCUUAAGAAAUCAUGGUUUAAGCAAUUUGUUAUCGAUAAGCAUCCUAUUGAUCUGGUUGGUCAGUACUAUGAAGUUGUUCGGAUUCUCAAAGUCUUCAGAGAUGGAGAGAUAUGGCUGAUCUGGAGGGACGAUCUGUUGAUUUCAUUUAACUCUAAGACCAAUUCUUUGCAACGUAUUGACACAAAUAGAUUCUUGUGUGGAAGUGAUCAAUAG